AGUAAGCAUAGAAGAAACCUUUUUUUGCACCGAGAGACUGCGUGAGUGUGUGUGAUAGAGAGAGAAAAGUGAAGAAGAUUUCAAUGAGCAUGGCCAAUGCUGAACUGUAGUGUUGAAGAGAGAGAGAAAAAGGGUGUAUUCUCUGUGUAUCUAUAUGAUUAUAUGUAUAUAUAUUGUUAUCAUUUCUGUCAGAACUGAUCUUAAAACCCUAAGCUCCCUCUGGUUUAGGUUCUAAAAACCGCAAAUGAUACUUUUUGAUAGUCAUAUGUAUGAUGUUUUGUAAUUGUUUUGGUUUCUACGGAGAAUUUUCGUGUAUGGUGGAGGGUUAAAAUUCGAUUUUAAGAGAAUUAUUUAGUGAUCGCCAUGGCGGCAGUUGAAGAUGCCUUUUCAUUUUCUGCGGCGUCAGUAGUGGAGGCUGUUCUGCAACAGCACGGAAAUGGUUCCCGAGAUCUCGAUUUAGACGCUCGAAGAGCUGAGGAGACUGCCAUGAGAAGAUAUGAAGCUGCAGCGUGGUUGAGAAAAAUGGUAGGAGUUGUAGGCGCAAAAGACUUACCUGCUGAACCUUCGGAGGAAGAAUUUCGGCUUGGCUUGAGAAGCGGGAUUAUCCUAUGUAAUGUAGUCAACAAAAUUCAGCCUGGAGCUGUACAAAAGGUUGUAGAAGGUCCCAGCGACGCCGCUCUUAUACCUGAUGGUGCUGCAUUAUCUGCUUAUCAAUACUUUGAGAAUGUGAGAAAUUUUCUUGUAGCCAUACAAGAGUUGGGAAUUCCUACAUUUGAGGCCUCUGAUCUCGAACAAGGAGGGAAAUCUUCGAGGAUCAUAAAUUCCGUGUUGGCACUAAAAUCCUACUGUGAGCAUAAACAAGCAGGAGGUAUUGGGGUCUGGAAAUUUGGUGGAAAUGUGAAAACCACCGUAUCUGGAAAACAAUUUGUUCGCAAGAAUUCUGAGCCAUUCACCAGUUCUCUGUCAAGGACGAUGUCAACAAACGAGAAAUCUUUGAAUGCUGUAUGCCCUGAUUUGGAAUCUAACAGAAUGUCUACUUCUUCCUUAAGCACUCUUGUUCGUGCAAUUUUGUUAGAUAAGAAGCCCGAAGAAGUUCCAAAUCUUGUAGAGUCUGUACUAAGUAAGGUUGUUGAGGAGUUUGAGCAUCGCAUUGCAAGCCGAAUUGAAUUGAGAAAAGCAAUUCCAAAUGAUUUGAAUGUUUCCCAUGGGAGCAAAUCUGUAUUGAAACCUUCUUCAUUCAACGUGAAGAUCGAAAAUAAGAAGGGCCCGUUCCUGAAGAAAGAUGAUGUAACUCAUAAGAACUACAUUCCUGAUGAAGAAUCUGAAAGAAGAUUAGUGAAGCAACAAAUGAUAGCGGACCAACAACAAAAAGAUAUCAAGGUAUUGAAGCAAACUCUUUCUACUACAAAAGCUGGUAUGCAGUUCAUGCAAAUGAAGUUCCAUGAAGAAAUUCAUAACAUUGGCCACCAUAUUCAUGGACUUGCUCAUGCUGCUUCUGGAUACCAUAAAGUUCUUGAGGAGAACCGCAAGCUCUAUAAUCAAGUCCAGGAUCUAAAGGGAAACAUUAGAGUUUACUGUCGUGUAAGACCAUUCCUUCCAGGGCAAUCGAAUUACUUCAGCACUGUGGAUCACAUUGAAGAAGGAAAUAUUACGAUAAGUACUCCAGCAAAGAAUGGAAAAGGAUACAAAUCCUUCACUUUUAACAAAGUAUUUGGGCCUUCUGCUACUCAAGAGGAAGUUUUUGCGGAUACUCAACCGUUGAUUCGAUCAGUUCUUGAUGGUUACAACGUGUGCAUAUUUGCUUAUGGUCAGACAGGAUCAGGAAAAACUUACACCAUGACAGGACCUAGGGAUCUUAACGAGCACACUCAAGGAGUAAAUUACAGGGCCUUAAGUGAUUUGUUCCUCCUCGCAUGGCAAAGAAAGGAUAUGUUCCGCUAUGAUGUGUCUGUCCAGAUGAUUGAGAUAUACAAUGAGCAAGUUAGAGAUCUCCUUGUUACUGAUGGCUUGAACAAAAGGUUAGAAAUUCGUAAUAGCUCUCAGUCAGGAUACAGUGUACCAAAUGCAAGCUUGGUUCACGUCUCUUCAACAGCUGAUGUGAUUGACCUUAUGAACCUCGGACAAAGGAAUCGUGCAGUGGGUGCAACAGCCCUAAAUGACCGUAGUAGUCGCUCUCACAGUUGCUUAACCGUUCAUGUCCAAGGAAGAGACCUGACCUCUGGAGCCACUCUUCGAGGUUGCAUGCAUCUAGUUGAUCUGGCCGGAAGUGAAAGGGUUGACAAAUCUGAAGUGACGGGAGAUAGACUAAAAGAGGCACAGCACAUUAAUAAAUCUCUCUCUGCCUUGGGUGAUGUGAUCUCCUCUCUUGCCCAAAAGAAUUCACAUGUACCAUAUAGAAACAGUAAACUCACACAACUACUCCAAGACUCACUUGGUGGACAAGCAAAGACACUUAUGUUCGUUCAUAUAAGCCCGGAGCCUGAUGCUGUAGGAGAAACAAUUAGCACACUCAAAUUUGCUGAGCGUGUUGCUACAGUUGAACUUGGUGCUGCUCGAGUAAAUAAGGAUUCUACAGAUGUUAAAGAGCUGAAAGAAGAGAUUGCAAAUCUGAAGGCUGCGUUAGCAAGGAAAGGAGAACCAGUAUCCACGCAGCAAUCAUCUUUUCAAUCUAAUAUACAAGCUAGAAAUGUGGGAAUGGAGUCUCCUAGUGGCCUCAGGAAACCAAUGGAAGAUGUAGGGAACAUAGAGGUCCAAAGCAAUUCUACACCGAGGCAAAAGAGGCAAAGCUUUGAUCUUGACGAGCUACUCGGGAAUUCUUCUCCCUGGCCGCCAGUCAGCAGUCCUUGUCAAAAAUUCGGGGAAUAUGACAAAGAGACCGGCACAGGUGAAUGGGUCGACAAGGUCAUGGUGAACAAGCAAGAGACCCUCCAUGAAGUUGGAAACCCUGCAGAGUUCCGGGGAGCAGGCAACAUAUCUGAUGUCUUUUAUCAGCAAUUUGUUUCCGAUUCUUCCAAGUUAUACCCCGAAAAAUCGGUAAACCUAUUUCCAUCAAGUAAUCAGUUUGAUAUUGCUCCAUCUGAUGAUUUGGAUGAGCUUGAUGCUGGAACCAGCGACUCAUCCGAACCAGAUUUGCUAUGGCAGUUCAACCAUUCCAAGCUUGGCAACUUCACCAAUGGCAUUGCACCAAAGAUCCAAAAACCAGAUUCAAAACAAGCCAAAAGCCCAGAACUGAGGUCUAUGAUUACAAGAAUGGGGCCUUCGCCAUCUCGAAAAGUGGCAAAUAGGGCUGGUCAUACUCCUCAGAGGAUCGGAAGGCCGACUGCUGAAGUGAAACGAAAAACCGGAAACAGAAAGUAGGAAUCUGUUGAGGGCUGUGCCAAGGCCAUCUUACAAAUCUUUUAUUUUUUUUUAUCUCAUAGAGGAUGUGAAAGAGAGGUUAUAUGUAGAUUUUUUUCAUUCUUUUCUGUGUUUUUUUUCAGAGUCAUCUUUCAUUUAUAUCCAAUGGAGCAACUCCUGUUGCGUGUAUUGAUAUCAUUUUAUAAUUCUAUUUUUCUGUUUUUGUUGGAAACUUAUAAACUUGUAGAUUCUAUUACUCGAUUGAAGUGUUCAAGCUCUUUGUUGUUCUAA